ACCAUGCUUUCGCCAUUUUAAAGUAGUCAACUCGCCGAUUUGGUGGGGAUUAAUAUGGGUUGUAGCCUCAAUGGCGCUGCCCAUGCUGUCACAGACGCUAUAAUGGCACAUAAAACAUGAGUCCUCUAUCUAUCUCUAUGGUUGGUCCAUGAACUUUGCUAUCAGCACGGCUGCAAAUUGAAGAUGGCGGACUUGUUGGGGACCGGGCUGUCAGAUGAAAAAGAAACCGAAAAUAAGGACAAGAAGAAGGAGAAACGGCCAUGGGAUGACAUACCAAGGUCGGGGAAAAUCGGCCAAACUCCAGAUCUGGCGGAAACAUUAGGCUUUUACGAUAUAAAUGCUGUCAGACGGGAGCAACGUGAACGUGAUAACUCAGAUCCGUCGCUGGGGCGCUUCAUGUGUGCUGAGCUGACCCGGGGCUACUUCCUGGAGCACAACGAAGCUAAAUACACCGAGCGCAGAGAGAGAGUGUACACAUGCAUGCGCAUUCCCAGAGAACUGGAAAAGCUGAUGAUCUUUGGCUUCUUCCUGUGUCUGGAUGCCUUCCUCUACGUGUUCACGCUGCUGCCCCUCCGGAUGCUGCUGGCCCUGCUACACCUCCUCACCUUGCCCUGCUGCGGCCUCGGUGGCUCGCGCAUGCUGCAGCCGGCCCAGGUGUGUGACAUCUUGAAGGGACUGAUAAUGGUGCUGUGCUACUCCAUGAUGCACUACGUGGACUACAGCAUGAUGUACCACCUGAUCCGGGGACAGUCCGUCAUUAAACUCUACAUCAUCUACAACAUGCUGGAGGUAGCCGACAGGCUGUUCUCUUCGUUUGGCCAAGACAUCCUUGACGCGCUCUACUGGACGGCCACAGAGCCCAAAGAGAGGAAGAGAGACAGCAUAGGGGUCAUCCCCCAUUUCCUCAUGGCUGUGUUCUACGUCUUCCUGCAUGCUAUCCUCAUCAUGGUCCAGGCGUCAACGCUCAACGUGGCUUUCAACUCCCACAAUAAGUCCCUGCUCACCAUCAUGAUGUCCAACAACUUUGUGGAGAUCAAAGGAAGUGUGUUCAAGAAGUUUGAGAAGAACAACCUCUUUCAGAUGUCCAACAGUGAUAUCAAGGAACGGUUCACCAACUACGUGCUCCUGCUCAUCGUCUGCCUCAGGAACAUGGAGCAAUUCUCCUGGAACCCAGAUCAUCUCUGGGUGUUGUUACCUGACGUCUUCAUGGUGAUCGCCUCAGAGAUCGCAGUGGACAUCAUCAAACACGCCUUCAUCACCAAGUUCAACGAGAUCACGGCAGAUGUAUACAGUGAAUACAGAGCCAGCCUGGCCUUCGAUCUCGUCAGCUGUCGGCAGAAAAACGCCUGCACAGACUACAGCGAUUCCGUAGCCAGAAGAAUGGGCUUCAUUCCUCUUCCUCUUGCAGUCCUGCUAAUCCGAGUGGUGAUGAGUUCAGUGAAUGUACAGGGAGCCCUGUCCUACUCCUGUGUGUUCCUCUUCUACUUGGGAAUGGUAACCCUGAAGGUGCUGAACAGUAUUGUGCUGCUGGGGAAGUCGUGUGUGUACGUGAAGAGAGCCAACAUGGAGGACAAGCUGUUUGAGAGGCCCCCCACAGCUGCCCCCGGGAAGACGCCCAGUAGAACCAGCAAGACUUCUAGGUGUACUGUCCCCUCAGGUGAUCCAUCAGAGGAUCUGUGGUCUGAGCGGUCCCCAUCCACUCCUUCAUGCACCUCCAUCCCCCCCUCCUCCUCUGUCACCACCCAGCCUACCCCCACCGUCAGCCCCACCCUACGGGCAGAGACUGUGGCCCCUCCCCCCACCACCACCCCAACCAGGCCAUCCACCAGCCCAGAGCCAGAACCGGACCCUGACAUCCUCACCCCCUCGCCCCCUGCCACUCCCGAGCAGAAUGAGGGGGAAGGAACGGAAGGCACAGAGCUCAAGCACAGGACCCCUAAAAAGGACCUGCUGGAUGUAGACCGCUUCACGAUAUGUGGGAACCGCAUCGAUUGACCCCUUCCAUUGACCUUUGACCCCCCCCACCCCCCCAAAAAAGAAAGCGAUAACCACUCAGGAGAGCCAGUGAGCAAGACACACCUCAGCACUUCUGCUCUCUUAGCAAAAUCCGGUGGAAGCAGAGUAUAUUUAUUAAGUUAGACAAACAGUAAGUUAUUGACAUACAGUAAGUUAUUGACAUACAGUAAGUUAUUGUGGACUCUGGGACAGGCUGUUUAAUUUAAAUUGACCUGCUGUUUUUUUCGCCUGCGGGGUUUGGGGCUCGACAAAGAGAACUACGGUUGGUUGGGCGAUUGAAGACUGCCAGAGAAAUUGUUGUUUUCAUGGCAACCCAGUCUUGUGCUGGUCUGUACCAAUGAUGUAUAUAAACCCUGGAUUGCUGAUGCUAUGUAUUGGCCAUUGAGAAGCUUUGAAGCCAUGGGUCGGCCAUUUUGGCACUCCCCAGUAUUACAAUGAAAUGUUUCAAGGACAAAAUAACAUGUAUUUUAAUGUUUUUUUGUUAUAGUGGGUACAGUAACAUUAGUAGUCAAUUUCUUUUCAACUUUAAGGAAAAUGUUUUAAUAGAUUUCAAUGUUUUGCUCUCUCGCACAUAAUAUUAUAAAAAAGUAUUCAUUAAGGUGUCUGUAAUAGAAUAAAUGUGUCAAAAACGAAUGUAGACAUUAAUAAAUGCAUUUAUAUAGCUUCUAAAAUAUUUUUUACAAUGGAGGAGGAGUACCAAGAUGGCUGUGCGAUGGCUUCAAUACAACGCUCCAUGUCAGUCAUCCAGGGUGCUGGAUACACAUCACUGGUCUGUACAUGAAGUGUGCGAGCGUGUGUGCACAAAUGUGGAACAUGAGAAAUGUGUGCCUCUUCUCAGAUACACAGCAAAAGAGGAACAAAGUUAUCCGUCAAUGUUCUUCCGUUUAUAUGGACAUAAUAGAAAAAAAUGACUGAAAAGGAUAAAUUAUUUGCUAGUCAAAAAGCUUUACCCGAUUUAUUGGAAUUUUUCGGUAUGAAAUAUCACUACUGGUACGAGCUCCAUUUGGUAGUGUAAAGAACAUCUCCACAGAAGUGAGUUUUUUAGAGAGCUUUCUUUUACAGAUAUUUUUAUCUCAUUCAAUUUGAUUUAAAAGAACCGCAGGUACCCUUCGUUGACAUGUUUGAUGGUUAUAUAUUCGCCAUUAACGCACUUAUUACUCAUACAUAUUGCCUUUGUGGAAAGUUCAUAAUAGCAUCUUAUGAUGGCAAGAAUCUCUAGUUUGAUGUAUUCCUGGUUGUCAAACCUUAGGGGGAUUUCAGUUAUGAAUGUUUGUGCUGAUUAAACUUUACCGUAUUGUCUUAAAUAUGCUACAUCCGACAGGUUUUGGAGCUAUUUCUCUUAAUUUAAUAAUUUGACACUCAUGCAAUGUUUUAAUUACCAUUGUAAUAAGGAUCUAUUUUUGGAGCUGCCAGUUGUAAUAUUUUAUAGUAUUUUUGCGCAUAGAACUUCCGCUGAACCCUCUCUACGGGUCACUUUUUGUAGUGUUCUAAUGCAAGCAAUGAUGGAAAACUGUCCACUUAAUCUCAUCUGUUUGGUUCAUAACUUCACCGUGAUAUGAAAUGGCCCUCUUUUUUUGGAUGAUGAUGAUGAUGAAUAAAAGUUAUUUUGUAA